AUGCUCUCUCUCUCUCCUUUCUCCUUCUUUUUUCUCUUGCCUCAUGCUAAACAUUUAAAAAAAAUUAUUUUCUUGUUCUUUUUGACGACCAGUAUUCAUAUCAGCUUCCACGUUUUUCUUUUCUCUUUCUCUGUCAUAGCAAAUAAUAUAAUAUGUGAACUUUUUUCUUUUUUCUGUGCAUUUCAUUAUCCCUUGUCUUUCUUGAUUAAACUUCACUCGUCGUUUAACCCUUUGCUUUCUCUUCUCUCCAUUUCUAAGCCUUCUUUGCCUUCUCGACAUCGUUUCUUCUUCCUUCUUUUAUCCCUCUUCUUUACUUUCUACUUGUUUCAGUUCUUUUUCUUUAUUCACUUCGUCUCUUCUCUCAUUAAUCUUUCUUUAUCACUACAUCUUCCCUUCCAUCUCUUACCCUUCCUUUACAAAUUCUCUUCUCUUUCUAUCAGUAAUUUUCUCUUUUAUUCCUCUUUCUGUUAUUCUAUCUGGCCACGUAAGUUUAUUACUACGUAUUUUUUCUCUCUUUAUUCCCCGCCCUACCUCCUCUAUUUAUCCUUAGUUAUUUCUCUAUCAUUUCCCUCUCUAUGUAAACAUCUUAAUUCCUCAGACGCUCUCGCGUUUCAUUUCAAGAAAAGUAACCCACUCCUUUUAUAUCACUUUCCUUUCUCUUUCGUUUUCACUCUUUCUUUAUUUUCUUGUUUACCUUCCUUUAUAGUUUAUUUCCUCUCCUUCGUUAUCGGAAUAUUUUUUCUCUCGCCUUUUCUGUGCACGUCAUUAUUAUUCCUCGCCUUUUCCCUCUCUGUAAAUCACAGUAACAGCUCGUGUCCCUCUCUAUACAAAACAUCUUCCUCAUUCUCUCGAUUCCUCCCGUCUAUUCCUUACGUUCCUCUCUAA